AUGGUUGUCCUUACUGCGUCCGACACGGCCUACGCCAUCGCCAAAGCGACGAAGGGAUUUGAUGAUCUGGUAUCAUUUUCACAAGUGUAUGUCGACCAGGAUAAGAAAAAGUACUCGUCAUCCGCCCAGCCCACGCCCACAUCGAGCUUUGCAAUCCACCACGCCCCCAUGAUCGGUACAUUGGACUCCCUGACUGCCAACUACAACGAUGCCGUCCAUGUUUGUACUGAACACACAACGCUCCUCUGCACGCUGUCCCCCUCGAUCUCUGUGCAGCACAGUGUUCUCAAGUCGCCUAUUCCAUUCGUUCGAGAUCGGGACGCAGUGUUUAGUCAAGUGCAGCGCUCGUAUGUUGACUCCAAGGGUCGGCAAUGCUAUGCAUGGUACCGCACGUCCCUGGCGGCCGUGGCGGCCCCUGUCACCGCAUGUAUUCGAGCCACUGUCAACAGCUGGGGCUCCGUGCUCGUGCAAGUCACGCCUCACACCCUCACGCAGUUCACGGUGAUGGACGUCGACUGGAGCGGUAACGUGUCAUCCUGGGUAGCGGCUCGGCUAGCGUCCAAGCUCGUCGCGCCUUUGACCUUGGUAGGCCAUCGCGCUUCGUCAGCACCGUCGUCCGCAACGAUAUCCAGAGAGCCCCCCAAGGUCAUUAACAACGCACGUCGGUGUGCAAUGUGUCGGGUGAGGCCAUCCAUGGGCAAACGCGACUUAGUCGUGUGUGUUGCGUGCUCCCAUGUCGUGUGCCAGGCCUGCAGCGACCUGUCGGUCACGUCCCCCCGAUGCCUCGCGUGUUUGCUUGGCAUGCGAAAGCGCAAUGUGUCGGUGAUAUCGUCUACCGAACCUUUAACUGCAUCGUCGUCAUCGUCGUCGUCGAUGGUGUCCACUGACGUCGAUUGUGUGACCCCGAGGACCCUCCCCGCUUGCAAAAGCACCAUGAGCCAUCGCAACCGUCGCAAACUGUGGAGCUCCAAGCAGCCGUCGGCUGUCACGGACUUGGGGUAUGUCGCAGAAUUGUAUCCGGGGGCAUUUGAAGCCGACCUCCAUUGCCCCAUCUGGUGGCAGGUGUGUUGA